AUGCCGAAACUGAUUUUGAUCUCUCAGCUUCGAGCCUGCAUCGUCCUCGCCUUGGCCACCAGCGCCUUUGCUGGUCACGUUGCCGGAGGUUACACCUUGGCCAGCAACCUUGGUUACGGUCUCGGCUAUGGCAACCUUGGCUAUGCCGGCCUUGGCUACGGUGGCCUUGGGCUCUCCCAUUACGGCCUUUCCCGUGGAGUUGGGUACUCCGGCCUGACUGGCUAUGGCGUUGGUUACGGACACGGAUACGCCCCAGCCGCUAGCUACGCCGUUGCCUCCCCAGCUGUUACCCGCACCGUUUCCACCUACCACGCUGCUCCAGCUGUGAGCGCUGUCCACGCUGCCCCAGCCGUUACCGCCGUCCACGCCGCGCCAGCUGUCGCCACCUACGCUGCCGCCCCAGCUGUGACCAGCGUUGUCCGCUCCGCUCAAGUUGUUGCUGCUGCCCCAGCUGUCACCUACGCUGCCGCUCCCGCUGUCGCCAGGGUGGUCCAGUCUGCUCCAGCUGUCACCUACGCUGCCGCCCCCGCUGUCACCAGGGUGGUCCAGUCUGCUCCAGCUGUCACCUACGCUGCCGCCCCCGCUGUCACCAGGGUGGUCCAGUCUGCUCCAGCUGUCACUUACGCUGCCGCCCCCGCUGUCACCAGGGUGGUCCAGUCUGCUCCAGCUGUCACCUACGCUGCCGCCCCCGCUGUCACCAGGGUGGUCCAGUCUGCUCCAGCUGUCACUUACGCUGCCGCCCCCGCUGUAACCAGGGUGGUCCAGUCCGCUCCACUUGUCCAGACCUAUGCUGCCGCCCCAGCUGUAACUCGUGUCGCCACCUAUGCUGCCCCCGCAGUGACUAAGGUUGUCCAGUCCGCCCCUCUUGUCCAGAGCUACGCUGCUGCCCCAGCCGUCACCGCUGUCCACGCUGCUCCAGCUUUUGCUGCCGUGCACGCUGCCCCAGCUGUUACCACCGUUGCCCACGCUGCCCCAGCGGUUGCUACUUACGGCGUUGCCCACGCUGCUCCAGCCAUCGCUACCUACAGCGUUGCCCACGCUGCCCCAGCCGUCACUACCUACGGUGUUGCUCACGCCGCACCAGUCCACUACGGCUACGGCGUUGGCUCCCUGGGAUACGGUGCCGGUCACUACGGUUACGGCCACGGUCUCCUCGGCUACGGCCUGAACUACGGCUACGGUCUGGGCUCUCCCCUGAGCUACGCCAACCUCCUCCGCAAGAAGAAGUGUCGACAACUGGCCACCAAACAACUCGCCACGCGUGCCCAAACUGCUACCGAGUCGUAUGCCUCCUACAUUCAGAACGUCCUAGCCCUCUGUCAUAAAAUCAACACGUCCAUGCCAGAGGGGGACGCGGUUGGAAACAUUAUCAAACGCAUCGCGGACGAUGCAUUCAACCUUCUUGUCUUCAGAAACUUACCAACCGUGGACAGCAACAUGAAGCAAUUCCGCCGUUUCCAGCAGCUGAAGAGUCGCCGUUAUAAAAGGCCACUCCUCGAAGACCCCAACCAGAAGCUUCUGCUCCUCCAUCGAACUAGGACCACCGCCAUGCUGCGUGCCUGCAUUGUCCUCGCCCUGGCCGCCAGCGCCUUCGCUGGUCACGUUGGUCACGUUGCUGGUGGCUACAACCUUGCCAGCAACCUCGGCUACGGCCUUGGCUACGGUAGCCUCGGCUAUUCCGGUCUCGGAUACGGUGGCCUUGGUCUCUCCCAUUACGGCCUGUCCCACGGAGUUGGCUACUCCGGCCUUACCGGCUACGGUGCCGGAUACGGAUACGGAUACGCCCCCGCCGCCAGCUACGGUGUCGCUGCUCCAGCUGUUACCCGCACCGUCUCCACCUACCACGCUGCUCCAGCUGUGACCGCUGUCCACGCCGCUCCAGCAGUGACCGCUGUCCACGCCGCCCCAGCUGUCACCUACGCUGCUGCUCCAGCUGUCACCAGGGUGGUUCAGUCCGCUCCAGUCGUCCAGACCUACGCUGCCGCCCCAGCUGUGACCAGAGUGGUCCAGUCCGCUCCAGCUGUCACCUACGCUGCCGCUCCCACAGUCACCAAGGUUGUCCAGUCCGCUCCUCUUGUCCAGACCUACGCUGCUGCCCCAGCCGUGACCGCUGUCCACGCUGCCCCAGCUGUUGCCACCGUCGCACACGCUGCCCCAGCGGUCGCUACCUACAGCGUUGCCCACGCUGCUCCAGCGGUCGCCACCUACGGUGUUGCCCACGCUGCCCCAGCCGUUGCUACCUACGGUGUUGCUCACGCUGCCCCAGCCUACUACGGCUACGGUGUUGGCUCCCUCGGCUACGGUGUUGGCAGCUACGGUUACGGCCAUGGUCUCCUCGGCUAUGGUCUGAACUACGGCUAUGGCCUUGGCUCUCCUCUCAGCUAUUCUACCCUCCUCCGCAAGAAGAAGUAAAUCCUCUUGUUCUAGGCCAUCGAACUGAAUGCAAUGCGGUGAGCAACGUGGAAACUGUUUUCAAGGCUUCAGUCAAAUGUAUUGAUUGUACUGACUACAGAAUAAACUGCUUGCCCCAACUCAA